CAUGAUUAUCCAAGAAAGAAUUGCUUUUGCCGUCGUCGCCGCCUUGACGCUAACAAUCUCUGCAACCACCGCUACUUCCGAUGCCUCCCUACGAGACCCAACUAUACUCCAGGUCACAGACGAUAAUAUCCCCAACGUUUACCAUAGGAAGUUCUUGAAGGAUGCUCUUCUUUUGGGCACUGAGGAGAGAUUCAAGAUUUUCAUGAAGAAGUAUAAUAAAGAGUAUGGUAGUCGAGAGGAGUACGUGCACCGCCUUGGUGUCUUCGCCAAGAACAUUGUUAGAGCUGUUGAACACCAGGCGAUGGACCCCACGGCAGUGCACGGUGUCACGCAGUUUAUGGACUUGACAGAGGAUGAGUUUGAGAGGAUGUAUACUGGUGUUGUGGGAGGUGGGGCACACGUAGAGGGUGUAACGACGUCGUUUGUUGAGGCUGGUGGAUUGCCUGGGAGCUUUGAUUGGAGGAAAAAGGGUGCUGUUACCGAUGUGAAGAUGCAGGGUGCGUGUGGAUCAUGCUGGGCAUUCAGCACCACUGGAGCAAUUGAAGGUGCCCAUUUUAUUGCAACUGGGAAGCUUCUCAAUCUUAGUGAGCAACAGCUGGUGGACUGUGAUAAUAAGUGUGACAUGGUAGAUAAACGAGCUUGCGAUGAUGGCUGCGGUGGUGGUCUUAUGACAAAUGCCUAUAGAUAUUUGAUGGAGGCAGGAGGGUUAGAAGAGGAGGGUUCAUAUCCUUAUACAGGGAAGCGAGGUGAAUGCAAGUUCGACAAAGAAAAAAUAGCAGUUAAAGUUGCAAAUUUUACCAAUAUUCCCAUUGAUGAGACCCAAAUUGCAACACAUUUAGUUCACCAUGGACCUCUGGCUGUUGGAUUGAAUGCAAUAUUUAUGCAAACUUACAUCGGAGGAGUGUCGUGUCCACUUAUAUGUGGUAAGAAAUGGAUCAACCAUGGAGUUCUACUAGUAGGGUAUGGUGCCAAAGGGUUCUCGAUUCUUCGGUUCGGGUACAAGCCAUAUUGGAUCAUCAAAAACUCAUGGGGUAAGCAAUGGGGAGAAGAGGGCUAUUAUCGUCUUUGCCGGGGACAUGGCAUGUGUGGAAUGAACAGAAUGGUCUCUGCCGUGGUUACUCAAGUUUCCUAAAUUUUACUUCCUACUCCAUGCACAAAUUGGAGAGGGAGAGAGAGAUAUUAGAAGAAGUUGUUUCUUGGGUGUGGGAUUUAUUACCUGUUUUAAAGAAUGAAGGUUAAUUUUUAUGGUUUGAUUGGAAGACCUAUGUUUAGAGGUUAUGGAUUUUAAGAAUUCUCAAAUUUUAAUUUUUUUUU